GACUCUCUAGUGCCCAUUCGGAGUCAGUUGCUCUUAUGCUUGCCAGAUAUUAACAACCACGCCGGGCUCUUUCAGUGAGGGCCUCGUGACUCGAAACGUCACAGGUGAUUCGAAACAAUUUCGAAUCCCAUUUUUUCACCGUGAGGUUCAUCAUUAUCAAUUCGCGAAAUAAACGAAAAGGACCUGGCCGACAUACAUGCAAUUCUUUUACAAUCGUAAAAAGAAAGUGAUGGAAGUUGUUGUUGACAUUUGCGUUGGUGGAUAUUUUUAGUGAUAAUUUGUUAAACUACAGGCGUGAAUUUUUAACAUACAGUGAAUACAUAAUAAAGGGUGAAUUGGAACUAUCCACGUGUAACGUUAAAGGCGUUGAAAGCCUUUUUUUUAAAAGCAAUAAUUAAUACAAGCAAUAAUAAGAAUUAGUGGAGGAUAAUUUAUUCGUGCUGUACAUUGUUUGAUUAUUUAUGUGAAAAGUACGCGAUUCCAUUCGGUUGAAAUUUCGUUCGAAGGACAUCAGUUAUUGAAAUAAUGCUCGAAUUUUUUAAGUUCGAGGAUCAAUGUGGAAGAAUGCGAAGGAGGGACGUUUAAUUCGCAUAUCGAACCUCUUUCAACAGUUGUGGAGGUCGUUCGGAUCGAGAGGACAAUGACGAUCGACAGUUAAGGAAAUUUUUGCGAAAAUUCUGUGGAGGGUGAUCGAGGGUUCAUUUCACGGGGGGGUUGUGGAUAUUAUGUUAGCAACGAGAUUAUGUGUGCUUCUGAAGGUGUUGGCGUUGGCGGGAAGCGUCUCGGCGCUUCUGCCAGAAGACUUCGAAGAUCGAGCUGCUCCAGCCAACCUGCAAGAAGAAUGUGCCUCGAAAUGCCCAGACCUCGAUUUGAAUCAGAAUCGAACGGACGACUCGAGCUCGGAGGUGGGUUGCGGCAUACGAUGCAAGAUCGACCAGUGCACAAAAGGCUGUGGAGCGUGGCAACAGGCACUCGACGCAAGCUGUCAAACCGUCUGCAACGGAACGCAAGAAUUGCUACCACCCAAAGAGUUGUACUGUGUUUUGGGUUGUCACGAUGCGUUGAAUCGUUACUUUCAACAGCUAAAAGCGGAAAUAGGUAUUCCGCCGGCGCCAGCUUUGGUCGCGGACUCGCUGACCGCAACAUCCCUACGACUCGAAUGGAAAGGAAUAGACAUCGAAAGACGCGGCGGAGGCCUCUCGUACUUAGUGCAAUGGAAGUACGAGGAACUGGCUGAAACCUGGCAGUACUGUAGGAAUCAAUCGUGGGCAGAGAAUGACCAGAUUUUGGUCGAGAAUUUACAGCCUUACACAAAAUAUAGGUUUCGCGUAGCAUUACUGUUAAAAUCGACGCAGCACAAUCCGGAGCUAAUCGUCUCCGCUCCGAGCGUCGUGAUACGAACACUGGCGGCUGGUUUACCAACCUCAGCACCGGUAAUUGUAAGAGCGGUAGCGGUAGACAGCUGCCGCGCCUCUGUGUCUUGGGAACCGGGCCCUUUCCCGAAUGGGCCACUUUUGUCUUAUGUCCUGCGACUGCAAGGGGCUGAUCACUCCCAGCUUAAGGAUAUACCAGCCUCGGAGAAUACGGACCACUACAUGUUUCAAAAUCUCAAGCCGAAUAAAAAUUAUUCCAUUAGCGUGACCAUGAGGAACGGAGUUGGAGAGGGACCAACUGCAGUAACUUACGUCACGACUACUCCAGAGCCGGCUGUGAAGGACACGCAACAACCCAUUUUAAUCCUUGGAGGCCAGCACGUUGUUAUGAAACAAGAUGCGGAUAUGCUGGACGAUCCCAGCGUGGUUUACGAAAAUACAAGCACGAUUCGGGGAAUCGCGAUUCACGUGGCUUCCGCCCAAUUGUUCAUUUCCGAUUCCUUGGGAUACGUGUAUAGAACGUCCAUCACAAAACGAACGAAACCGACGGUGAUACUUAGUCCAAGUCAGGUGAACUUCAAGCCUCUGAGCUUGUCGGUGGAUUGGCUGAACCUUCACUUGUACAUUCUGGGCGAAGUGAAACACGCGACGACGGUCUGGCAGAUAGCUAGAUGCAAUCUGGACGGAAGAGGUCUGACAGUGGCCGUGGCUGGGUUUUUAACGCGGCCCACGCACAUCGAGGUAGAUCCGUACAACGGUUACUUAUUCUGGGUGACCAGGGGCGGUUUGUACCGAUUGGAUCUGGCCGACAUAAGCAACGGAGUGAAGCACGAGGUUCAGCCAUAUUUAAUUUUAGAAGAUGUUAACUUAGGAGCGUUCACCGUUGAUCACACGAACUUUCGCCUGCUAGUGCCUCACCACAUCCAGAACACCGUAAUAUCCGUUUCUCUGGAUGGUCGCGAAGUUAUAGAUCUUCGUGCCAACACGCAGCAACCGAAAUUUAAAAAUGUAGUUUCCUUGGCUAUGGUGAACGAUUUGUUUUAUUGGACAAACGGGGAAGAAGUGCUGAUCGAAGGAUAUCAUUUGGGACAAAACAGAUAUUUUCAUAAUGCUUAUCCCGACAGAUCGAACGGUUCAUUUGUCAGUGUGAAUGUACUUAUGGACGCGAGCCAGCCCGUUCCUGUCCCUGUGAAUCCUCCUACUGGAGUGCAAGCUGUCCUUGGUAUGGAGAGAGCGAAAGUUUCUUGGCAGGCGCCUCAUCUACUGGGCGGUCAGGGGAAAGGUGCCUGGCAGAAUUGGUCUUACGAACUGGAGAUUAAAGAUGAAUCUACUGGAGAGACGAUCCAUCAGAAAGAUAUCUCUGGCUCGUCUCAUACCGUGCACAAUCUCCAAGAGAAAUCGGAGUACUCGAUUAAGGCAGCGGCUUACACGAGCGCUGGUAGAGGACCUUGGUCCACCGAAUUCAGGGGUCGAACGUUGAGACACGGAUCACACGCAUCGAUAUUGUGGUCCGCAAACGAAGGCCUCCUAAAAAGCGACGUAACUGGAGAGAACAUUGAUACUCUGAUCUACAAAGCAAGCUUGAAAGAAAUAGAAGUUGAUUAUCAUAUCGUUGACGUUAGCUGGUACAAGGAUGUUCUGUACAUCGUUGGAAACAAUUCUGCAUUAUACCGAUACAACAUUACGAGUCACCAAAAGACGAAAAUGAAUAUUCACUCUGUUGGGAGUAUUGCUGUCGAUUGGAUAUCGAAAAAAUUGUAUUGGGCUAAUCCGAAGCAACAAAUUAUAACAAGAGCAAAUUUGAAUGGAUCUCACCAAGAGCCAAUGUCGAUUUUGGCCAUUGUUAAAGAAUUAAUAAUCGAUUCUUUGGAAGCGUAUCUGUAUUGGUCCACAGGUCACGCGGUCGAAGUAGCCCGUUUAAAUGGACAAGACAGAAGAUACUAUCAUUCGGAUGAAAUAUUUAAUGGAAAACAAGUGAUGGGAUUGACAUUAGACACGGAAAACAGAUAUGUUUAUUGGAUUGUACGAAGCUACGAAAGUGGAUCUAUCGUCUAUCGAGCACCUACAUCCGAAAGGAUUUCGAUGAGUCAAAAAAUCGUGCCUGAGAAGGUCUCAGCUCUGCAACAUCCAAACAUGCAAGGCCCUUUGUGUUACUUCUCAGAGCAUCUUCUGUGGCUUCAAGACAAUCGAAAUGCAGUGAUAGGCGAUUUGUCUGGUCAAAAUACGGCCAUAAUAAAUGGUAUCACUUUGUUGGGCCUUAACAUGGUGGCCGUCAUGGAUCCGGCGCUUCAUCAAUACCCAAAGAAUCUUACGUCAGAGACUGUAGUUGUACUACCUAAUGCGGUCAGUUAUAACAGUAUUAGAAUAGAAGGAACAUGGAGGAAUUUCAACAUAUCCUGGGAUCCAGUGAAGAAUAUCAAUUAUGGAAUUGUCUUUUACGAAGUGAAAUUCGCUGAUUACAUCAAUACCAAUUCGAAUCCGGAGAUAACGACGGAAACCUCGAUGUCGUACAAUAAUUCCGAACAGAUUUUGCCUUACUCGGUUUUGGAAGUGACUGUGAAAGCCUUCACGUAUUGGGAAACAGCGCACCAUACGAGGAAGAUAUUGAGGUCGCCACAAAGUGUUCCCACUCAGCCAACGAAUACUAGAGCCUUUAUAGAAUUUCAUAAAGAACCUCUGAGCGAAAACAUCGAUAUAUUUGCGAUAUUUAGAUGGGACCAACCCGAGUUCGCAAAUGGUUUGAUCACCGGAUACACGGUUCAGUGUUGGUUUAAGGAAAACAACGUCGAGAUACAAAUCUGCAAUCAGUCGCUUAUUCCAUCUAUGUCGUUAGAACACACUGUUCAAGAUCUCUUGCCAAAUACGACGUAUUAUUUUCAAGUUCGAGCUCACACAGAAGUUGGCGCUGGACCGUACACCGACGUGACCAACGUUUCGACGACGCACGAAAAUCCGGUACCACAAUUGCUGGUCGCCACAAUGGAUGCGGUUCGAAUAUCCGAUUUGGAUCAGGAAGUGAACUAUACUAUUACUCGUCACAUCGCGGUUGAAGUGACGUAUCUGGCAGCGGAAAGCAAAAUUUACUGGAUCAACGAGAUGCAGGAGCUGGUAACGUCGGAUAUGAAUGGAGCAAAUGCUACCAAAAUAUUGACAUUAAAUAACAGUGCAUUUAGUAUAACUGUCGACUGGGUCGCGAGGCAUCUUUAUUGGUCUGAAUCAAGCUAUCGAGAAAACGGUGGAUGUAUUAUGAAGUUGGACUUGACCAUGUGGCAAGCUAGAAAUCUGAAAUACAAGAACAUCGUUAAUACGAGCAGACGUAUCGUGAAUCUUGAUAUCUUACCGUCUACAGGAUCGUUGUAUUGGAUAGAACAAACUAGAAAAGAUGGCGGAGUAAUAAUGAAGUCGAAUUUAGACGGGAAUGAUGUUCAACCAUUCUUCAAUCAUAUAGACGAUUGUUCCUGCCCUUACAGAUCAUCUGUGUUUCCUGUGAUGACGAUCGACAGCACCAAUUCGAAUCAAAAACCAGUCAUGUAUUGGGUUUCCUUAGAAGGUCAUUUACAUAGUGCUGAUAUCGACGGUUGUAGGUGCAAUUUGAUAGUAAGCGCGGGCUUCAACAAAGGACUACCGCCAAAAUCAUUGACCGUUGAUAAGAUGAACAUUUAUUGGUCUAACAUCCCGGAGGAUCAGAUUUACUUUGUAAAUAAGAAGCAUCCCGAUGGUGAGAAGAUCAAGCACUUCUAUUUGCCAUCUGUACGCAGUAUCAAAGCCCUCGGGAAAUCUUUACAAAAUUAUCCGAUUGCAAACUGUUUGAUCCCUCGUCAAGCCUCCUACAAUGUGGAAGAAAUCAGAAAAACAGCAAACACUAUUACUGUAAAGCUUCCUGAGCCGGUUCCGCAAUUCGGUUGCGAAGAAUACAGCUUACCAACGACACUUUACACGAUAUAUGUAUCUCAGUGUAUAGAAAAUGAUCCUAACAUGUGCGAAAACAGCGACAGGACCAAGUUACAGACUUACGAGAAAAAAUAUGAAAUUAAGAAUUUGAAGCCUUUCACGAAAUACAGAUUGAAACUAGCGUUGAGCAACUAUUACGCUGAUUUAGAGUCGAUGAAUUUAGAGUUUGGUUCUGAUGUUGUGCUGCGAACUGAAGCUGGCACUCCUACAGCUCCAGAAAACGUAACCGUCGAGGCACUGACACCAACUUUAGCUAUUGUCUACUGGACGCCACCGAAAAUAUUAAACGCUGCCGCUGUACGAUAUGAGGUGCACUGGAGAUUGUUUAGAUUAAUAAAUGGAGCGCGACAGAAGGGAGAACAAUUUAUAAAGAGUACCGAGCGCACAACUGAUGGAAGAUUCUUCACUAUAUUGGAGCCAUGGUUACCUAAUCAGGAGUAUCUAGUAUUCGUCCGUGCUUAUCCCGCCCACGUUAAUGAUGUUUAUAGUGAAAGUCCUGGACACGUAGUCAAGAUGUACCCAGAACCUAAUAAUUUGACGUUAACUGGAUUUAGCGUGAAUAGUUUAAAUGUAUCCUGGGUACCAACAGUCGAUUUAAUGGUCAAAUAUACAUUAGAGUAUACGGAUGUUGCUGUGAACGAUUGGCAAGCGGCGAACGAAUUUAAGGUGAACAAGGACAAAGUGACGUAUUUUAUUAGGGAACUACAACCACGAACUUUGUACAAAUUUCGUCUGCUUUUGAGAUAUCCGAAUUAUAAAAAAGACUACGUAUGGCCAACAGAUGGGAGAUUUACGUUUCAAACAUCAGGUGAUAUACCAAGCUCUCCAGGUAUGCCAACACUAACGAAACUUCGUAAUUCCGUGUACCAGUUGAAUUGGGAACCGGCAGAAGCCCACGGUUCACAAAUCACGUUGUACCGUGUUGAAGGAAUGAAGAUCAAUGAAAUUAACGAGCAAAUAGACACUACUGGGAACACAAGCUGGAAAUUAUAUUACAAUGGAACGGACAAUUAUUGGAUAAUCACAGGAGAUAUGAGCGACAAGUAUCGAUUUCGUGUUCAAGCUGAAAAUGCGUACGGUUUCGGUAGCUGGAGCAGAUCCAGUCCAAUCAUUGAUUUAACGGAAGCUAACGGUGGAAUAUUAGCGGCACAACAACAUCUUGGUUUAGUGUUGGGACUUAGCGUUCCUGUUAUCACUAUUAUGCUCAUUUGCUUCUGUUAUUUCCUUUGCCCAGUGUAUCGGCAACGCAAAGAAGAUAAAAAGGCGAUUUUACCUCCCUUAGUGAGCGACGUUGAGUUGGCGACACUACGGGAGAUACCACGCGGCAAUUUCGUUCAAUCUAACGCGCUGUACGCGUCUACCUUGCAAAACGAUCCGGACGAUUCUAUGCUUCCUAAGAUCAGAAGGGAACAGAUCACGUUAGCGAAAUUUUUGGGUAGCGGGGCCUUUGGAGAAGUAUUUCAAGGGAACGCGAAGGAUUUGGAGAGACCAGGAAUUACCCCAGUCGCAAUCAAAACGCUUCGAAAGGGAGCUUCGGCGCAGGAAAAGGCAGAGUUUCUUCAGGAAGCUAGACUUAUGAGUCAUUUUCGACACAAGCACGUAUUAAGACUUUUGGGAGUGUGUUUGGAUACGGAUCCACCGUUACUGGUACUGGAACUAAUGGAAGCAGAUUUACUGAGUUAUUUAAGGGCGAGUCGAUCUUUGUAUCCAUCCGAUCCACACGCGCUACGUCUGCAGGAUUUGCUUGCUAUGUGCGAGGAUGUAGCAAGGGGAUGCCGUUAUUUAGAGGAGCUACAUUUUGUACAUAGAGAUCUCGCAUGUAGAAACUGUUUGGUAUCUGCCAGAGAUCGAGAGAAUCGUGUUGUCAAGAUUGGUGACUUUGGAUUGGCAAGAGAUAUAUAUAAGAACGAUUACUAUCGGAAAGAGGGAGAAGGAUUACUUCCUGUUCGAUGGAUGGCUCCUGAAUCAUUAGUGGAUGGUGUAUUCACUUCACAGAGUGAUGUCUGGGCAUUCGGAGUGUUAAUGUGGGAAAUUACAUCCUUGGGACAACAACCGUAUCCUGCCAGAACAAAUAUCGAAGUGUUACAUCACGUACGAGCAGGUGGACGAUUACCGAAACCUUUGAACUGUCCAUCUGCUUUACAUCAACUUAUGUUGCGCUGUUGGAGUGUUGCUGAUGCCAGACCGAGCUUUAAACUUUGUCUUGAAAAUAUAGUUAGUCUUCGAAGUACUAUAGAGGAUGCACAAUUGAACCCGGUUCAUGCUGAUCAUUAUUUAGCUAGAAGAGGCGUCUCUAACAUGGCUUACUUUGCUGACGAGAACCAAAAUCAUAAUCACUCAGGGAAUUCAUGGAAAUCCAGUAGUUCAGAAGGCAGUCGAGAUAUGCAACCGUUCCUACAGAAUUCCCACAAUGCGAUAUCACAGUCGAAUGAAGUACCGAAAUAUUUAGAAAUAUUAGCGGAUAACGAGGAUAUUAUUCUAAGGCAAAAUUCGACAAACGGAUACGAAGUGCCUCGAUCGAUUCAUAUCUCUGAUCAAAAUUUAACCAAUACAAAUAAAGCUAGUACAAAUAUAGAUGUAAAGAACAAUUUGCAUUCUGACGAACAAAAAGACGUUCUGGCAGAUGCUAAAGAACAGGAAAGAAAAUGUGAUAAGAGAUCGUCGAUAUCUAGUUUGAAUUUACCAAAACGUAAAAGAGCAUCGAUCACGAGUAUGAUUGAAAAAUGUAACACUUUAGAUAGUUCGAAAUUAACUAAUCCUACUAUUAAAGCAAUUUUGAAAACAGACUCAUUUACAUCGUUGAUUGAUCAGAGGAAGAAUAAAAGGAACGUGACUGAACGACGAGGAUCUGAAUUAAGUUUAGAAGGUAGAAGUUCUAGUUCUUUAAGCUCGAAUAUUAGUUUAGCUCCGCCUACUCGACCUAGUUCAUCAUUAAUUAGUUCACAAAAUGUUCUUCCGUUAAAGAACAGCGUUAUUGGAGGAACCAGCGAAUCAAUCGAUAAUAACGUUAUGAAGAAUGCAUUACCAAAAAUUCAAAGGACUCAUACCAGUUUGCAAAAUGGUACAGCUAAUAUACCUUUGGUGAUAAACAGUGCAUUAUUGAACUUAUUAAGGCAAACUCCGGUUGUCGAAGAUAGUAACAAUAUAGUCACGUAUACGAAUAUCAAUACGGAUGCUGUGAGAGUAAAUGGAUCGUGAAGUUAAAGGUGUGAUGGAUUGAUGAUGAAUUAUUUGAUGAAUCACGUUACAAUAACAGAAUCGUAAUUUCAGUAAUAACUCGGUAUUGAAACUGGGAAUGAGUGUAAAGUUCCAUAGCUUUGAACUGCCAUAUUUACAUAUGUACAUAUUUAAGUUUUAAUAUUUGAAACUUUCACAUGAACCGUGGCAGAAAAAGAUUUUAGUUGAUAAUCAUACUUGUUGUUUUGCAUCUAAGAAAUGAGAAUAGCUAUAGAGUAUUAUGUGGCGAUUAAUCUGCGAUAGUUUUAUACUUGUUGUUGCAAUUAAUGUAUUUAUUUAAUGACACAAAAGUACGAAAUUUUCACCGUUCAUUGUACAAAUUUCAUAUUUAGCGAUAAUACAAAGUACAUAGUAUGGAAAUUGAUAUUCAUAUUACACGUAAGGAUUUGUUAAGUUUUACAUAUAAAUAUAGCGAUUCUUUUUAAAACAGUACAAUUAAGAAUAAAUUUUUGCAAAUAUUAAACUUCAUGUGACUGAACUGAGAAUUUUCUAAACGUGUAUAUUCAAAUUCCCUUAUUGAUAUUUUAUAAAUCAAUAAAAUUUGAAAAGGUUUGUAAAUAUUUUAUUAAUAUAAAUUUGUUAUUUUCUUAAUCUCAGUCAUUCUUUUUUAUAAAAGUAUUAAAACAAUAUUGUAAAUAUUCAUCCAAUAAAAUUAGUAAACAAAAUGUAAGAUCGUAGUAAUAAGUACAAAGACUGGGUGCAUAUUUUCAUACAAUUUUCGCAUUAAAACAGUUUAUAAAAUUAAUUGGU